AUGGAUGACAAUGUGAGAGAUGUCUGGCUUGAUUGCGAUCCUGGUCACGACGACGCUCUGGCGAUCAUUUUAGCUGGCUACGACAAGCUCCUGAACCUGCUGGGGGUGUCCACCGUUGCUGGCAACCAGGUCGUGGAGAAGGUCACAUUGAAUGCCCUUGGAACGCUCACAGCUUCAGGACUGUCCAGCAUAGAGAUCCAUGGCGAGUCGGGGCUCGAAUUCGCAGAGGGCGGCAGCAUGCAGGACUAUGCUGUUGGCAGCCCACUGCCACAGAAAGCAGUCAUGCUCAUGUUUGAGCGCAUAUCUGCACAAUUUGCAAAAAGGGGCCGUCCUGUGUGCCUGGUGUGCACGGGAGCUCUCACAAAUGCCGCACUGCUACUGCUGCUGUACCCUGAAGUCAUACCCAUGAUAGAGGUAGUGCUCAUGGGCGGCUGCAUUGGGAGUGGCAACACUGGACCUGUUGUGGAGUUCAACAUGCAGACAGACCCAGAGGCAGCAAAGGUGGUGUUUGAGGCGGGUGUCCGCAGUCUGACAAUGGUACCAUUAGAGGUCACUCACACAGCCCUGGCCACGCCGGCUGUGCUGCUGCGCAUUGCACAGAGGCAGACCCCCUUCCUGCAGCUCAUGCAGAAGCUCCUGCUGUUCUUCGCACAGACCUACAAGGAGGUGUUCAAUUUUGAGCACCCCCCGCUGCACGACCCUCUCGCUGUCUUCUACGUUGCCUGCCCCUCUGCCUUCACGGUGAGGAGGAUGCGCGUGGACAUUGAGACAUGCAGCACAUUGAGCGCUGGCCAGACCGUCUGUGACAUACACAGGAGACAGAACGCACUUCCAGAAAAUGCGUCUGUUGCCCUGACUGUGGACGUGGAGAAAUUCUGGGACUCCAUGAUAGCAGCCAUCUUGAAGGCAGACAUGUUAUCCCCUCUGAACAUCUCCAGCAACAACAUUGCAUGA